AUGAGGGAGGAGAAACAGGUUGGAGCUCCAAACUAUCCUUCUGGGCAUCCUGCAGUCUGCCAAAGCUAUUCUGAUCUCCCAGGUGGUGGUGUGUACACCAAUAUAUUCACUGCCUCUCCAGAUCAGACUAUACUUGGAACCUUUACACCUUUUGGACAUGGCAGUAUUUGCCUUCAUAACAGUAACGUCAUCGCAAUGAUGUUUAAUCAGGAAGGAGGCAUGGUGACUAAUAAAGAUGGAGAAAUAGUCAGAGAAUGGAGAUGGCCUCAGGUGGGAAAGCUUAGUGAUCCAGUUGUAAUGCAGGUUAAUGACUACAUCACUGUGAGGAUUGCAGGGCGCUUUGCUAUUAGCUUGGUCUACAAGUGGCAACAUGAAAGUGUGCGAUUGUCUUUGUCACCACUACAAGGUGUGGCUCUUCCACAGUUAGAAGAACUGGGCCAGAUACUCACCAGAGUUAAACUUUCAUCCAAAUCAGCUAAAGAAUUCUCUAAAGUAAGCAGGAAAAAAAUGAGAGAGAAAGAAACAAAGAAGGUUCUAAAGAAAGAACUAAAGUUAUCAGAGUUGGUGAAGACACUUGAAACUCCAGAGGAGAACAUAAGCCAUAUAAAUGACUUCAGUGCAGCCAGAGAAUUAAGAAAACUACAGUGGAAGAUCAAGACUAUUUUGGAUGGUUGGCUGGAACAUUAUCGAAUGGCUUGUGAAAUUGAUUCUCCACACGUUCACAAAAUGCCUGGCCUUCCUCAGAGAGCUUUAAGAAAACGCACAGUGCAGUCUGCAGCUGCUCUCCUGGCUACCUCAAUCGUACAGAGAGCACAAGAGAAGAACAGAGAGGACAGUGAAGCCUACAAGUCGGACAGCUCUCUCCUGCUAGCUCGUUUUCAAUCAGUUCCUGCUCACAACAUGCAGUGGGAGUUGUCGCCUUAUUCUCCCAGAAUUUCCUCUUUAGUAAACAGCAAUAUCAAACCAGAUCAGCCAAAUGUGCCUCAAUUCAGUUUAAAUAAAUACACCCCCAUAUUACAGAACUCCUACAUAUCAGGCGAUAAACUAUGGUUUACAUCCCAUAGUGCUUGCCCUGUUGUCCUUCGGAGAACACUGGUGGGGCAGGAAGGAAAGAUAUGCAGAUGUAGUAAUCAUCAGAUUCCAUAUGUAUCAGACCUGGAGUAUGAUCACCUUAUUAACAACCAGAUGUCUGCCCUGGAACAAAUCAUGGUGAUCUGUGUGUCUUCUUCAUUGAAAACAAAUGGGGAUCCAAGUGAAGACAAAUUAGAGCAACUCCACGAGAGGAAGAACAGGAACAGAAGUAUGCCAUGUAUUCAGGGUCGCCUGGACUCCUAUCGUCUCCUCAAAUAUGACAUCACCUCUGCAGAUGAAUUUACAGGUCAUAAAGGUUCAUUACUGGUGCAAAGGCAUAAUGUUGCUCCCGGCAUGUUUUUGAUGUACAUUCAAGGAAAGCUGCUCUUUGCCAAUUAUAUUUUCAAUGGAUAUAGCAAGUCAGCUAAAGACCUUCAAAAACAAAUAGCAAAGACCAGGAGUGAUUACCAUAUGGGCUACUGUCUACCCAACGAUUUCAGAUUCAGUUUCCGAGAGGACAGCUUGCAGAGUUACUCUUGACAUACAAAACAAAGCCAAAUGGAAAUUCAGAACAUGUUUCUAAACUUAUUUACUGACAGGUAGGGAAAAUAUCAGGUUAUGUGACAAACACUUGAGCAAAACUAUUGUGGUAUACGGUAUUUUAAAAUAUGAAAAUCUUGGUUGCAUUUUUUCUAGGGUUCUGAUUAUUCUCUCCCAAAUGUUUAAAUAGAUUUUGAGACAUUUGUAAAUAAGGGAAACAUGGUAACUAGGGCCUGGUAUUAUAAUUAAGAUAAGUUAAGCUGUCAUGGAGGAUAUAAAACUCCUGCUGAGAUUAUUAAAAGUUAGUAUUAUGUGUAAUUGAAAUGGCUGUUUUUACCUUUUAGUGAUGGAGUAGGAGAAAACUGAUGGAGCGUCAAUCAUCACACAGCCAAUAAGAUUUAGGAAAUCAGUCAAUUGCCAGGUGGACCUCAUCUGGGAACUGGCAAAUUAUAGGGUUUGUGGAUAGUCACUAAGGAGGACGUGAAGAAGGGAGUGUUCCUGGUUUCUGCAUGGAGUGGUUGGGUCAAGAUUGGGUCAGGAUCAAGGGAUUGGGUCAGGAUCAACGGGUUCUCUACAAAGCAAGUUACUGCAUGGCAAACCAGGAUGUGAAUAUAGAGUGCACCAGCUGCACUAUUGCACAAUGCAAGUCCCAGAGUGUGGCAUGGCUUACAAUGCUUUCAAGGAGUACUACAGCAAGCUCCACUAUGGGAUUUUCACUGUGCUGUAGCAGUGUCCACAUUAUUGCUCGGCAAGCUUCUGCACUGUACUGGCUUGCCAGGCAGUAAAAUGCUGUGUAGACGAGCCCCAAGUCCUGACCAGACAGCCUGCUUCCCCAUCUCUGAUACCCAUAUAUUCACUGUUACUAAACUUGUAAAUUCAGUGUGUGUAUAGUAACUGAUCAUACACAAUAUGUGAUGGCAUGUGCUUGUUCAUCAGAGAUCAGAUCUGGGGUCUUAAAUGUUCAGCUAGUAUUUAAAAAAGUGCAGUUCGGCAUUAUUAGAGUAUAUUAGACCAGGUGGCAAUCGCUGAAGAUCAAACUAGGUUUUAUUUUGAUUCAACGACUUCUUGUUUUGCAUAGCAAUGAAAAACAUUUAUCAAAGAAAUCCCGUUGAAUAUCAAUACCUUUUUUCCUCCACCAAGCCAAAUAUUUUCUUUCAUCUCAUACGCAGCAGCUAGACAUAUGGGACAGACAGACAACUAGUCCUCAUUAAAAUGGGAAAAUAAAGUUCAGUAGUUCAAAAGUUUGUUGACUUGCUUAUUUGCAAAGAAAUUAACAAAACUGUGACCCAAUUCUGCUAUUCACAUCCAUCAAAAAUGUUCAAUGAAACCAAUAAAGCGUUGGGUGUGCAAGGAACACAAGCAUAAGGUUCAGUUUGGACACUCAAUAAAACCAGUUAGUCUUGACCUAGUCCAUCAGUAUUUCCCUUUAUAUGUGGAUUAGUUGAUUUCAAGUCUGCAGUGAGGAGUAGGAACGAUUUAUCAGGAGCUCAAUUAUCUUAUUACUGUCACACCAAUAGAGGGCUUGGCAAUUACUGAUAUUGCUUAUUAUUGUUAAAAGUUGUACAUUGUUUAUAAUUCACCAA